AUUUAGGAUUUUAUGAUAUAAUGCGCAUGUCAAGUAAUGGCAGCCCCCACAUGAAAAGAGCAUGGGAGAAGAUAAUCUAACUGUGGUUAACGUAUCAGGCUCCAGUAUCGUUAAAUACAAGCCUGUGUUCUCUGCAGAUUCAAAAUGCUUGUUCGUUUUGUCUGGAAAAAACAUCAAGGUAUACAAUGUUAACAGCGGAGAAUGUAUGCACUACUUAAUCGGUCAUUAUGACGAAGUCACGGGCGCCUUGGUCAACCCAAAGAAUAAACUUCAGCUCUUUAGCUCCUCCUUAGAUGAGACCAUUAUACUUUGGGACUCUGCAGAUGGAGUUAUUUUGAAGCGUUACUCCCUCCAUGCUCCAAUAUACGGCCUCAUUGGGUUUACAAAAGAUGAAAGUAAUAUUUAUGUCAUGGUUCGCUGGUAUCCGAAAGGAGUGGAUGACAAGAUUCCUACACAGGAUCAUGAUAUCAGUGAAUACGACCCUAAAACUGGAUCACUUACCAUGCGACUGAAGAAAGUUCUAAAGAGAAGACUUGUUGAUGUAGGGGCAAAGGGAAGAUAUCUUGUGGAAGGCAGAAAGAAAAAAGUAAUCGUUUAUGACUGCAAGACUUCAGAAAUCAUCAUGCAUAGUUUAAAAGACGACUUUGACAAAGAAAUCUCAUGUGUAGCAUGUCACCCAACAGAAGACAGUUUUGUUACAGGGUGUGAUAAUGGCAAGAUUAUUUACUGGUGGAAUUUCUUGACUAGGAAUGGGGUGGUGAAGUCAACGUACAGCUGGCACGCACUUCCUGUGUUGGACGUACAUUUCACAGCCGAAGGUUCACAGUUGCUUAGUGGAGGGCAUGAAUGUGUUUUGGUGAAAUGGAAAUACAAUUCUAAGGAGAGAGAAUACCUGCCUCGUCUGAGGGCCCCUAUUGAUCAUGUGAUCUGUUCCCCUGACAACCAGAUAUUUGUCACCUGUCACCAAGACAACUGUGUGAACUUAAUCUCCAACACCUUUGAGUUGCUGAACGUGAUUGACGGUCUGUCCCUGUGUCACCUGCAGUCUCAGGUGUUGGUCAGGAGGUCAGUCCGUCUGUUGUACGACCCCCGGACCAAGGCCCUGGUCACCAACGGAAGGGUGGGGCACCUACAGUUCUAUUCCAUAGAGGCUGACAGACAACUCUACAAUCUUGACAUUGUACAAGAGAAUUACACAUCACCUGAGGACCUUUCUAAGCCGCUCUACCCCACAGAGGUCACAAACGCAGCCUUCAGUAGUCAUGGUGACUGGUUAGCAACAGUCGAUAUGUGGGACGAUGGGGUCAUGACCCCAGACAUACAACUCAAAUUCUGGAAGUACCAGGUCGAAUCACAAGAGUAUGCCCUCAAUACAGUUGUCCAUUACCCUCAUGACAAGAAGGUAGUGGAUCUUAAGUUCCGUCCCCAUGGCGACGACCUGGAUGUAGUUCAUAGUGUGGUGACCUCAAGUGUGGAUGGGAAAUUUAAAACCUGGACACUUGUUGACGACACAGAUAUUUACAGAAAGAACAGUAAGUGGGUGUGUGACAGUGUGGGGUACUACAGGGACCGCCCCGCGGGUCCCCUGGGGUUCUCCGAGGACGGGUCACUGCUGGGGGUGGGGUUCUCCUCCACCCUCACCGUGUGGGACUCGGACACAAACGUCCUCAGACACUGCUUCCUGACUCAGUCCAACUCAUCAAACAUCAAACACUGUGAAUUUGGACAUCAUUCCUGUUGCCACCUGUUGGUCAGUCUGUCCUCAGAUUUAUUGUGUGUCUGGAAUCUUCUCACCUGUGCAGUGGUCUGGAGUGUAAACUUAGAAGCUAAUGUUCUGGCAGCUGAUCCAUUAUCUCCUUACAUGGCAGUCGUUGACAACGAUCAGAAAUUGUAUGUCUUUAAGCCUUUAAGUCCAGACAUUGUGUAUUCCAAGCCCUCUAUAUCCAAAUCCACAGUCACUUGUGCAAUAUUCCUACCUCAAAAAAAGAAGAGUUCUAACAAGGGGACACAAGUAGAUUGGCAGAAGUCUUCACAGUUGUACUUUUUCAAUGAAGAACAAGAACUUCUCUCCAUUGUCAGUGAAGAGGAGGAGAGGAAAAUGAACACACUGGACUCAAGAGCCAUACAAGAGAACCUGCCCUCCACUGCCAUCAGCGUGUUCCUGGGGGGUGAGAGGAAGGCCCUAGAGGACCGGGAGAGACAGAUAGAGAGAAGUCUCCCCUCCAACAUCACGAAACAGAUUUUGGACUCGGCUCCCCAUGCCCAGCCCCCAGUCGUUUCCCUUUGUUUGCCAUUCUUGCAGUCCUUGAUUGGGAAAAAACAAACAAAACGAGGGACAGAGGAAGAGGAUGAGGAAGAAGAAAUGGAUGAAGUGAAAUCUCAAGACUCUGACUCAGACAUGGAAGUAGAGCAAUUCCACAAUUCAAUGAAAAGUGAUUCCCAGAAUCCUGUGCAAGAAAACAAGGAUUUUGAUUGGUUGAAUGACUUGCAUAAAUCUCAGAGUAAAGAUGAUUUAAAUCCUGUAGUUUUACGCACAACAGAUUGGAUAUCUGAAUUAAAUACGUGAUUGGAAGCACA